AUGGACGGCGGAGGACGGGGCAGGUCUUUCCUUCACAGGUGCGCGAGGUCCGGAGACAGCGUCCACGCCGGGGUAGUCGUCACACUUCUGGUCGGGCUCUGGUGUGCUCAGGCAUUGGAGGUGUCUGUGGGAAAGGUUCAUUUCGUGGAGGCAGUGAAUGGCAGUACUGUCCUUUUACCAUGUACCUACUCCAGCUGCAUCGGCAUCAAGAACCUCUACUUUAACUGGCACUUCAACGACAAUGGCACAAUGCUGAAGCUGUGUGAAGCAGUGAUUCCGUCUGAAGAGGUGGAGCCUAAAGUGGACAUCCUGCAUGACAGAGUGGAGUUUGUGGGCUCCAGCAGGACCAGUAACAUCUCCAUCCUGCUGUGGAACGUCACGUUCGAGGACGAGGGAGAGUACACCUGCUUCGCCCGCAAUCCCAAAGAGAAGAACCGGAACCACAGCGCCAUCUUCAGGCUCAUCGUGGUGGAUCAGCUGAAGGAAGUGGACAACACAGUGACGGUCAUAAUUGUCUCUGUGCUGGGCGGUGUCAUCGGUUUGGUCAUUAUUGUAAUGGUGAUUAAAACAAUUGUCCUUCACGUUCUCACCAAGGUCAAAGAGAAGAAUAAAGAGUGUCUGGUGAGUUCCUCGGGGAAUGACAAUACGGAAAACGGCCUCAGUGGCUCCAAAGCAGAAAACAAAACGACACCAAAGGCAUGA